AUGCGUCGAACAACAAACGGCUACUUCGGGCCGGAGUAUGAUAACAGACCUACGUUCAGAGUCCAAGCACGAUGGUUACUCAUCCGUUACAUCCAAUCCUUCGGCUGUCUAAUCUGUCUACCAUUUUUUGUUAUCACCGCCAAUUCUAGAGUUUCGUAUGGUAGAAAUGCGCCCAAGUUUAUUACUAUCGACGGCGGGUGGGGGUAUAUUCUUGCUAUCACUUGCAUCUCGUUAUAUAUCUUCCUCUCAACCGCCUCUUUCUUCUUUAUCUGUUUCAAUGUAGUACUCUCCCCCAUCGAAGGGUUUGGGGCCGACGUAUUCAUCCUCGCACUGUGGAUCGCAUCGCUAGCUGGGACAAUAGUCGCCCGGAUCAACUAUUCAAAAGCGAUAUCCGCAGCGCAGAGUAGACAGAUAUCGACUCCGAGCACACCGGGGGUAGGACUAUGGAUACUCUUUAUUUGUUUGGUGGUUUGUAUUAUAUUAUCAAUAUACACAACCUACCUCUCAUACCUCCAACUCGCAGAAUACCGCCAAAAACUCCGUCAAAGACGUUCACUCGACGCCACCGUCUCCCUCGUACCCCCUUAUUCCCCACCUCAAACAAGUACAUCAAGCAAUACUACUACCACCACCACUACAUCGUCUCCACCCCAAUCACCACCCCAAACAGCCGCAAGACCUGUAUCAGUUGCAUCAAGCCUCUGGUCAAGAAUCCGUCCCACUUCUUCAUAUUCAACUUCUACCACAGCAACAACAAGAAUAACAGGUUGGAGAAGACAAAGAGAUGAAGAAAGAGCAGGAGGAGGAGGAGAGGAAGAACCAAAACCGGAAGAAACAACGGGUCUUACUAGAGAACAGAUUAUUGCGGAACGUGUUGAGGCUGUUAGGGCUCCACCGACGUAUUGGUAUGCUACUAGUAAUCGACCGAGGGUGGAUGUUGGUACUACUAGUGUGCAUGAUCCUGAGGCGGGGGAUGAGACUUUGCCGUUGUAUAUGCCGUGA